AUGGAGAAAGCAAACCCUCCAGCAAACGCCUCACCCCAGACCAUCAUCCUGAAGGCAUGCGUUCACGCUAUUCGCCACAUCUUUGUCCCCAGCGGUACAUCCACCAUCUCCAAUUUCCGCAAAAACGGCCGAGCAUUGCGCUGGCUUCGUGAAACUAUUGGCGUAGCAGGCGGAGCCGUUACCUUCGAUUUUGUCGAUGCGAAUUUCUUUGAGGAUAGUCAGCAUAAGUGUUUUCAGAGGGAGUUGGAGGGGUCGCGGGCGAAGGUUGCUAGUUGGUGGGCUGGGGGCCAUCUGAAUGCUAAUAGAGGUUUCCAGAACGAAAUGCAAGUGUAUCAUGCCGAUUAA